AUGAGAGGCGUGAUGUUUUACAAGGUUCAUUGCGGUCUGAGGAGAAUGGGUAGUAAUGGUACUGAACAUAUUCCCAUGGAUGAGCAGAUGCCAGUUCCUGCUUUGAAAGAACAGAUUGCUUCUGUCACCGGUGUGCUAUCAGAACAACAACGACUGAUAUGCCGAGGAAAAGUUCUAAAGGAUGAUCAUCUUCUCUCCGCCUAUCGAACUGAUCCGGCUUCAAGUACAAGCCGUCAUGUUGGCCCUGGUGUUGUCGUUGAAACUUUCAGCAUGCCUCUUCAAGGGGAUGGGUUUGCACCUGAAGUCAAUCGGAUAAUCUCUGCUGUUCUUGGCUCUAUAGGAAUGCCAAAUAUUGCAGGUGACAGUGAAGGGAUCGAAGUCAGGGAACAUGGGUCACAGAGGCCAGAAAGGACAUCGGGUUUGGGGGGUAUGUUUGAUUUCUCCCAAUUUCAAUCUGAACAAGCUGCCACAAGGGGUCCAUCUGACAGAUCAAAUGGGACAUUUAUUCAUUCAACAUCAUUUCCUUUGGGGCCUCAGCCACCUCUGGUAAUUCCUAAUUCUUUGACCACUUUAACCCAAUAUCUGAGUCAUAUGAGGUGUGAAUUUGAGGCCAUUGGCAUAGAUGCGAGAAGCAAUCAAGCAGCUGCUACUCAUAGGACGGAAGAAAGCUCCAAUUCCUCCUCACGUUCAGGGAUAAGGCAAGAGGGGCUCCCCACUCCUGCAUCAUUGGCAGAAGUCAUGCGUUCUACUUGGCAAUUACUGGCUGAACAAGUUGGAGAAUCCUUACUUCAAUUUGCAAGUCAACUGGAUAAUCAAGGGAAUGUGACUGAUCCGGCAGCACGGUUGAGCACCCAAGCUAGUGCAUCGAGAAAUGGAGCUUUAUUUCAUAACCUAGGUGCCUUUUUACUUGAACUUGGUCGUACAACCAUGACAUUGCAAAUGGGUCAAGCACCGUCUGACGCGGUGGUUAAUGCUGAACCUGCUGUUUUCAUAUCCCCUACUGGCCCUAAUCCCAUUAUGGUUCAGCCUCUUCCUUUCCAAUCUGGAACGAACUUUGGUGCCAACCCCAUGGGAGCUGUGCAGCCUGGUUCUGGUCUUGGUAGUGGACUUGGUACUGGUUUUCUUCCAAGGCGUAUUGAUAUACAAAUACGAAGAGGUACCUUUGAGUAUUUAUUCCCAGGUUAUUUCCGUCGUUUGGUUUACUUUUAUUCCCAGGUUAUUUCCGACGGUGGAAAAAUUUCUUUCUGAGUUGUGGAGAUAAUGUUGAGAUAGUUGUUG